AUACAGCAAGAUACGAAGACUUUGGAGAUGCAAUACCAUGAGAAGUGUCAAGAAGUGGAGGAAUUGCAGAAAAAAAUCCAGGCGGAUGAAGCUGAGUUGAAUGAUUUGCUGGAGUGUCUUGGUAUAGAGGAGCAGAAAGUGGAAAAACUCAGCAGGAGACUGAGAGAGCUAGGGGAAGAUGUAGAUAAAUUGCUCGAAACAGAGAAUGAUGAAUAGUUUUACAUCAAAUCAAAUAGAGAAAGUGUAUAUACAUUUAGAAUAUCCAUCUACUAUGUGAAAUCUCUUGAUUACUUAUCCUAAUUAGUUGUGGAAUAUUUGUAAUUAUUGGGGUAUAAGUUUGGCAGCCAUGUUAACAUUCCAAUAGUCAACUUUUUGUAAUAAACCCAACAGUCCACGCGCGUAUAUAUCCUAAGCUAGAUGGAUAUGAUAAGAUAUAUCUUCGUUACUUUGAUAUGAAUCUAGUUUUCUAUUUAAGGGGACCAGGAAUAAAAACUAAAGUUGAUUCAA